UGGUAUAAGUUUACUUGAGACGCACAUUUGCUUUCAGGAAACGUUCUGAGAAAGUGGCGAGGUACGACUGUACCGGUAUCGUGCCGCAAGAAUGAUGAAACUCCCCAAACUAGACUAGCUAGGCUACAGGAUGCCAUUCUGCCUCUGGCCAAUCUCCAGGCCUUACUCUAGGACCGGAUCUCCUGAGCCAAUUCCAGGCCCCAUUCAAGGACCAAGUCCAUGCCAAACUACAGGUCCCACACCACAACAAAUCUUUGUUCUCUUGCUUAGUGAGUCGGGUGAGGCAGCACCUGAGUACCGGUAUACCUUCAGUUAGUUUCGGUGGACGUCUACCUGUAUCACUGCGUGUCCCUUGGUUGAGCCCAAGAACGCUAGAUCGUUGAGGGUAAUUCCCAGAUCUGGUACUAGUAGAGGAGUCGCUCAAUCAAGCUGUUGCUUCAUGAAGAGGCAGAACAACAGCAUUUGGGGAAAGAAGCUCUGUUGGGGAGGCGGAACUGAGACCAGCAAAUUGUUCGUACUCCAGCUGCCAACGAAGAGAGCCUUCACCUCGCAGGCUUUUAGUCUCUAAACCUACUAGAGAAAUGGGUAAAUUCUCCCUCCAAAGAUGAGAUCAAGUGGGUUUGACAGCUGAACCGUUUUAUUUUACUUGCUCUGGCCGUUUCGUGCUGACGAAAGAUCGACGUCUCGAUCCCACCCCCAACUUGCAAGCAAGCAACAGACACAACAAGUCUCCUUCACCCAUGGUCCAUCGAACACUAGCUAGCUGACUAGCCUACCGGUAGUAGAGACAAAACAAUAGUGGAAGACAUGUCCCGUCGUUUUGACUUGGAAUGCAAGGGUGUUGUAUUGUCCAUGGAUGAGAAGUAUGGGUUAUCUAUUACCGACAGCAAGCCGUUGCCUCUUCGCAUGCCUGCUCCCCCUUCCAAUCAACGGGAUGCGCGACGACAGUUGGGUUCCUUUCUCCGCAAUGGACGCAUGGAGAGUCGAUACUCGCAAGAACACCAUGGUCGCAUCUCAGACAUUCUCCAGACGUACCCAGCCUUGGCGACCACGCUGUUUGGCAAUCGUCGUCAUGAUCGAGCUCUGCCAUUCCAUCACGUGGUAGGGGCCAAAGGUGUGGCCUUGUCGCUGCUGCAAACUCUAUUACGACAGCAUCCACAAGCCAUUUACGAAUUUGGUGGGCAAGGUGGCUUGCUGCCAUUACAUUAUGCAUGUCAUGCGUGUGCCGAUGCCACAGUCAUUCAAUGGCUGAUCGAACAGAAUCCCCAGGCUGUCACGACACCUUGUCAAUCCAAUAAAGAACGAUUGCCCCUGCACUAUGCCGUCACCAAAUACAAUACAUCCUUGGAAACACUCAGUUUGUUGGUUCAGGCAUGUCCCGAUAAAACAGCUUGUUGGACAACCCAAGACAAUCGAGGUUUUUCCGUCUUGAAUUUGGCGGUUCUAGAGUCCUGCAAGCCUUCCAUGGUAGAACAUCUCGUCCGUCUACUGCCAUCAACAACAGAAACACCGUUGGAUUUGCAUCUGAAACUGUCGUCAUCCGGGGAUGUCUACAAAGUGAAUUCGUCAGUGCUCGAGUCAUCCUUGACCAUGGUGCUACCUCAUGUGACCAGAGUUACCUGGGAUCUAUCCAACUCCUUCUGGCGCAACAGCAACAGCAACAGCAACAACCAACACAAUUUUGUCAUUAUUCAAUGCCUACAGAAUUGGUACCUGUAUCCCAGCUCUUGUGAUGAUGAUACUUCUCUCAGCUAUUGUGCAAAGAGGAGAAAAAGAGCUUCACUGCGCGUGAUCACGCCAAAAACCACGAAUGACAAUCAACCUUGGGAUACUGUUGUCAGUUUGCUGUCACCUCCAGCUGGAAAACCCAUACUGCGUCACCUGCAGUUGGGGCCCUCUCAUGACGUUGGUCAUCACCUACUCGACGCCAGUAACCUUUGGCAAAUGUGUUUGCCGUUGCAGUUGGAAACAAUGGAAUUGCAAGAAGUGACAUUUAAUUGUCAGUCGUUGGCCAACUUGUUGGGUACCUUGACAACGACGUGGGGUAGAAACCAACAGGAAAGCAAACCAUUGCGGGGCCUCAAACUUACAUUGGCGCAACUGGAGGAUCAAAUUGGAAUGCCAGAUGCUCGAUGGGAUCUGAACCGCAUUUCUGCACUGAACAAUGGCAUGAACAAUCCAUGGAGACAUUCUCAGUUAGAGAGGUUGUCCUUAUGGAAUUGUUUGAUCCUAGAACACCAUAUCCUUCGACGACUGCUCCUUGAAAUAUCACACAUGCCAAGGUUGACGCAACUGGAAGUUGUUUUUCGUAGUCACGUUCACCCCACAUCCGCGUCCUUUGAGACGGAAGAGGAAGAAGAACUGUAUUGGCAACGAUACAGUGCUCGAUCAGAACCCAUGUUUCAUGAAAUCGAUAACGCCAAUGUCACACCGGAGAUUGUCACUAUCUUGCGUCAAGGCAGAUUGCAAGCCUUGACACUGGAAGGUCCAAGUGUGGAUGUCGAAGCACUGGCCGAUGUGUUGCUACCGGUACUACCACCCCGCAAUGACAAUAACGACGCAGUGCAACAUUCGUCGCUACAGAAACUUUGGAUACCUUCCAGUCUCGACGAGAACUUGCCCAAUUUGAAGGCGUUCAGUAACCUUCUCGCCAACAAUUUUGCCAUUGAUAGUGUCGUCAUCCCAAAGGAGAAACCCCAUGGCGGGGAUGUGCGACCCAAUGACGAAGAACUACGUCGACUGGAGCAAAAGAUUGUCUACUUUGCAGCCCUCAACCGCAGUGGGCGGGCACAAAUUGUCGAUGGUGGUAGGCAUCCAUCCAUGGCAGACUUUGUCAAGAGAUUGGCAUCCAUAGGUGUUGACGACGUUUGCAUUCACAGUGACACUUGCCAUCCAGGAAAUGUGGAAGUCUAUCAAAUCCUUUACGGAGUGCUACGAUUUGCGCCCGGCUUGUGGUCGUCUUGAACCUAAGAAUUGGAAAUGGAACAAGCAGCGUCGUAAAAUAGCAAUCGAGAUUUCGCACCGCCGCUAGUCUUUAACACGUGAGUAACAUACACACCGUCACUAAUGGUUCUCCUCCAGGGGGCUGUGUACUCGAAUGUCGCAUCAACAAGCCUCCGCUGCGGCUGCCUGCCUUCUGCCAGAAACUCUGAAAUAUAUGACUCAAGAAGGCAGUGACCCUAUCCAUUAUGGCUCACUGAGUCUAUGCAUCUUUAGAAAAACAGCUUUUAUUCUACAAUUCUCACUCUCCUCAUUGCGUAGCGGUCACUUCCGUUUGGCGGUGGUGCUGGGCCACUUUCUUCGCUUUCGUCGUCACUCGGCAACGUCAUAGUCGACGUUGGGUAUAUUGCCAUGAAUGAACCAACGUCCUCCGAAGGCUUUUGCAAGCCAUUGCUAGUUUUCAGUGUCUUGUUCAUUGCCAGCUCCAGUUCAACUUCUUCCUCGUCCGCAACAUCCCAGUCAUUUUCGUUAUCAGAAUCAAAGCUAUCAUGAGCUUCACGUUUUUCUGCUCGGCGUCGGUAAACGACCAAUCCAAUGAUUAGCAGAGCCAAAAUUAACAUCAUAAGAAUCCCUGUCACUGCCCCAGGAUGUCGCUGGCCCCAGGACGAUUCUUCCGUGGCCGCGCCGCUUGCCGAAGCUGCAAUGUUUUCAUUUCCUUCUGUGCAUCUAUUGUUGAUGCAGACAAAUGGUGGUCCCCCACAAUGAC